AUGUUUCGGGGUCGCCAGGCAAGAAAUGCACUGAGGGCCGUGGGCCAGACCAGGGCCUUGACGUCCCAGACGCCGUCGGCCUUCACCCAGCUACUCAACAAGGUCCCUUCGAACCAGAGGAACGAGGUGACAGUUGCCACCGCUUCCUCUGCUGUGCCUUGGGCCAUCAACAGCCAGGUCCAACCCACACCGAGUCCUACUUUCAACACCGAUCAUCAACAUGACAGCCAUGUGCAGCCGCUGACUGGCUUGUCGAGAAAUAUCACGGAUGAGUCAUUUAUCGGCAAGACCGGUGGCGAGAUCUUUCACGACAUGAUGCUGAGACAGGGCGUCAAACACAUCUUUGGAUAUCCUGGCGGCACAAUCCUCCCCGUGUUCGACGCCAUCUACAACUCCAAGCACUUCGACUUUAUCCUCCCAAGGCAUGAGCAAGGUGCUGGCCACAUGGCUGAGGGCUAUGCCAGGGCUUCAGGCAAGCCGGGCGUUGUUCUCGUGACAUCCGGCCCGGGCGCGACCAACGUCGUCACCCCCAUGCAGGAUGCGCUAUUAGAUGGGACGCCGAUGGUCGUUUUCUGCGGCCAGGUCCCGACUACUAGUAUUGGCAGCGACGCCUUCCAGGAGGCGGACAUUUGCGGUAUUUCGCGGCCCUGUACCAAGUGGAAUGUCAUGGUAAAGAGCAUCGCCGAUCUCCCGCGUCGGAUUAAUGAGGCAUUCCAGAUUGCCACCACUGGCCGGCCUGGUCCCGUUCUCGUCGACCUACCAAAGGAUGUGACUGCUGGCAUCUUGCGGAGAGCAAUUCCUACAGACAGUGCGCUACCAUCGUUACCUAGUGCUGCUACUCAAGAUGCUAUGGAUCUCAAUCGCAAACAGCUGGAGGCCUCCAUUACACGUGUUGCCAAGCUUGUCAAUAUGGCUAAGCAACCUGUCAUUUAUGCGGGCCAGGGCAUUAUUCAGUCUGAAGCUGGCCCAGACCUUCUCAGGGAGUUAUCUGACCUAUCUUCCAUCCCCGUUACAACGACGCUUCAGGGUCUAGGCGCCUUUGAUGAGCUUGAUUACAAGUCCCUGCAUAUGUUAGGGAUGCACGGAUCUGCAUAUGCUAAUAUGGCUAUACAAGAGGCCGACCUCAUCAUCGCCCUAGGUGGAAGAUUUGACGACCGCGUUACCCUCAACGUUAGCAAAUUUGCCCCGGGAGCUAGGGCCGCGGCCGCCGAGCACCGCGGCGGUAUUGUACAGUUUGAAAUCAUGCCAAAGAAUAUUAACAAGGUGGUCCAGGCAACUGAGGCUAUUGAGGGCGAUGUCGCCACUAACCUACGGUUUCUCUUGCCACACAUAGAAGCCCGAUCAAGAGAAGAUCGCAAUGUGUGGUACACCAAGAUUGACGCCUGGAAGAAGAAGUGGCCAUUAUCCGAUUAUCAGAAGACAGAACGUUAUGGGCUCAUCAAACCACAGAUGGUCAUUGAGGAGCUAAGCAAUAUUUGCACAGACCGCAAGGAUAAGACGUUCAUCACAACAGGCGUGGGGCAACAUCAAAUGUGGACAGCACAACAUUUUCGAUGGAGGCAUCCACGAACAAUGAUCACAUCUGGCGGGUUGGGUACUAUGGGUUUUGGGUUGCCGGCAGCAAUUGGGGCCAAGGUUGCACAACCCGAUGCUCUCGUCGUUGAUAUCGACGGCGAUGCAUCAUUCAACAUGACCCUGACGGAACUCUCGACAGCAGCGCAAUUUAAUAUUGGGAUCAAGGUGAUCGUCCUAAACAACGAAGAGCAAGGAAUGGUAACGCAAUGGCAGAACCUUUUCUAUGAGGACCGAUACGCCCAUACGCACCAGGUCAACCCGGACUUCAUGCUACUCGCUAGGGGCAUGGGCAUUCAGAGCCAAAGGGUUUCAGAUCCCACAAAGGUCGUAGAGAGCCUCAAAUGGCUCAUCAAUACAGAUGGUCCUGCUCUGCUGGAGGUUGUCACGGACAAAAAGGUGCCAGUCCUGCCGAUGGUGCCGGGCGGAUGUGGCCUGCAUGAGUUCAUCGUAUUUGAUCCCGAUGAGGAAAAGACGCGGCGUGGGUUGAUGCGAGAAAGGACGAGCGGGCUUCAUGGCAAAUAUGAAGAUGAAGAGCAACGACUUCGCAACGAACCAGAAGAUUGGAUGACCCCAGCUAAUGUCUUCGAAACCUCUGUGGGACAUUUCUGGGGUAUACUCGCUACACGCGACUAUAUGAGGGCUCGCUUCGCUUUUGCCGACGCUCUUGGGGAAGUGAAGACUAAACAAGCAGUUGAGGAACAGCUGGGCCAUCUAUGGGAUAUGCUGCGACUCUGCCGAGGCGACAACAUGGGAGUCCGAUCGCUGAUCCCUGCACUUCUGCUUCGUUUGGACAAAGAUGGAGAGUGCUACGAUUUCGUCAAGUGGUGGACCUUGAUAAAUGACAGAGCUGAUUACGACUGGGCUAAUACAGACCUGCCAUAUUUGGAUAUCAAGGACGCCGAUCCGUUUGAAGACGUGAAAUACUUGUGUAGCAGAUGGAUGGACAUCAGCCAUGUCGUCGCGGUGAUACUCCUAAAAAUCAAGAUGGUCAUGAGCUUAAAGGCGUUACAAAAAACCACGGAUACCACCGGAACGAAGGUUCCUCGAGAGAUCUUGAACAAUAUACGAUCUCACGUCGUGACCAGUCCGCUCAUUGCCAAACAUAGAGGCACCCUUGAACAUGAUGACCAUACGGCAGCAAUUAAGGUGCUUACCAAGCAGGUACAUGCCUUGUAUCAAGCCGUUGACAAGGCAAAUGAAAACUUCUGGCCAUGUUUAGUGUACUAUGAAGAGCCCGAGCUCCCUGGAGCAUACACGCGAGGUAGUUUGGAGGAAGCGCAGUUGGCCCUACAUUACUCGUAUGAUUCUUGGUUGGAAACUCCGGGGGCUCUGGAAUUUAUUGAGGAGAUGAUGGUUGAGGGUGAUUAG